AUGAAGUCUGCCGGUCUUUUGUCUCUUACCUUUAUUCUCUCGGCUGUUCCCGCCUUUGCUCAGCGGGGAAACUCUCAGAGUGUCACCAUCAAGCUCGCCAACGACCACACCGGUGCUUGGGCCAACGAGGCCAUCCCUGCUGAUGGCAAGAGCUACCCCAUCAAUGCUUUCUGGGCCAACAGUGCCCUUUCGCAGAACGGUAGAAUCUCUGCCACGAAUGCGGAGCUUAAUGCCUAUGGCCAGAAUGCCCACUGCAACAUCCAGUGCCCUCGCGGCACCUUGGCUCUCAAUGCCCAGACGACUUACGUAUCUUUUGAGCAUGGACAAGUUGUGAACUUGAACGACGCCACUGUGUCUUGCCAGGCCACUCAUUGGUAA